AACCACACACACAAAAAUAAACAAACUCUCCCAACCCUAAAAUCCUAUACCCAACAACAAAUUAACUAAAGAGCAUAUAUCUCAUAAAAAUGUCUAUAAUUAUAUUCCACACAACCUUCAUCUACAUUCUCCUCUUUCUCACCACACUUAUUUACUACGUAAUAUCGAGAAACUCUAACCGAAAACACAAACGGGCCAUGAAACUCCCACCGGGCUCCAUGGGUUGGCCUUACCUCGGCGAAACUCUUCAACUAUACCGUAACGACCCACACAUCUUCUUUUCCGAAAAACUACAAAGAUAUGGGGAGAUAUUCAAGACACGCAUUCUCGGGUGCCCGUGCGUGAUGCUGGCGGGCCCCGAGGCAGCCAAAUUCGUGCUUGUGAAUAAUGCGGGCCUGUUCAGGCCCACAUACCCAAAGAGCAAGGAGAGGAUGAUAGGCCCAUGGGCCCUAUUUUUCCAUCAAGGGGACUACCAUAGCUUCGUGAGGAAGCUCGUGCAAGGUCCGUUAUCGCCCGAGGCCAUCAAGAGGCUUAUUCCAGAGAUAGAAGCCAUAGCUGAUUCUGUUAUGGAGUCUUUGACACGUGGCAAAGUUGUUAACACUUUUCAAGGAAUGAAAAGGUUCUCAUUUGAAGUUGGGAUUUUGGCAAUAUGUGGGCACUUGGAGAAAGAACAAAAGGAAAAGCUAAAAGAAAAUUACUCCAUAGUGGACAAGGGCUAUAACUCUUUCCCCACAAGCCUUCCUGGGACAGCAUAUCACAAAGCAAUAAUGGCGCGGAGAAGGCUUAGCGAGAUUAUUCGGGAGAUUAUUUGCGAGAGGAAAGAGAAGAAAUUUUUGGGAAAUGAUCUAUUGAGCCAUCUUCUAAUUUGCGAAAACGACAAAAAACGAGCUCUAACGGACGAUCAAAUUGCCGAUAACAUCAUAGGAGUACUAUUUGCAGCUCAAGACACAACAGCUAGUGCAUUAACAUGGAUCCUCAAAUAUCUCCAUGAUAAUCCAAAGGUUUUAGAAGAUGUUAAGGCUGAGCAGAGAGAAAUCUAUCUUGCAAAUGAGAAAGGAGAUAGGACCCUAACAUGGACACAAACUAGAAAUAUGCCAAUCACAAACAAGGUAAUAUUAGAAAGUUUGAGGUUGGCAAGCAUCGUGUCCUUCACUUUCAGAGAAGCUGUGGUUGAUGUGGAAUAUAACGGUUAUCUUAUCCCAAAGGGUUGGAAGGUUAUGCCAUUGUUCAGAAAUAUUCAUCACAACCCAGAAUUUUUUAGUGAGCCUAAAAAAUUUGACCCAUACAGAUUUAAGGUUGCUCCAAAGCCCAAUACUUACAUGCCAUUUGGCACUGGGUCCCACUCCUGCCCAGGAAAUGAACUUGCCAGACUUGAGAUGCUCAUUUUCAUCUAUCAUCUAGUUAACAAAUUGAGGUGGGAAGUUGUGGGCUCAAAAGGUACUAUAGAGUACAGCCCGUUUCCAGUUCCUCACAAAGGGCUCCCGGCCCGAUUCUGGAUAGAGCCCGAUAACCCAUAGUCUCUGUUACCAGCAAAAGAUAUUUAAAUAAGGAGCGUGAUCGGCUUUUGCCCCCCAAAACCCUUUUUUUUAUUUAUUUAGCAAAGGGUAACAUCUAUACUAAUAACAAUGUUAUGGGGGCAAUUUGUAAUUCUCGGAAGUAUGUAAAUUGUAGUAGUGAGUUGGGAUA